AAGCAAUGGUGUGUCAACUUCCGCUGUUAAUGUAAAUACAAAAUGGCUGGGGUACCAGACUACAUCGAGAGAAAAGGCUCCCUGUUCUUAAGAUCAAAUCAUAUGAACUAUGGAAGGGCUACAUUAAACUCAAACUGGCACCAAGCCCGAGAGGCAGAGCCAAAAGAUUACGACAUCAGUCUGGGAGAUGAACGUAACCUGUGUAAAGCCACGUACAACAGGAUAGGAGAUGUCACUGAUGGGUCCUUGAACAAGACUACUUAUCAAGAUCAUGCAGAACAAACGAAUCUGAAGAAGGAUUUUGAGGAGCAAGUUGUAAGGACACCGAUGAUGAACAUGAAUACUGUGGAGCAUGCUCACCUUGACAGAGAUUUAAGCACACCCCAGAGAGGCUUUGGUGCAGUUUUACCGAGGCACAAUCCCGAGUACAACAAGUGCCACUUAGAAACAACUCACAGAGCGGACUAUCAGUCCCCAGACUCAGAGUACACACCUGUCCCAGAGAAGCCUGCUGAUUUCCCCGACUUGUCAGCUGCGUACAGGAAAUGUAACUCUCAGUUUACAGACACUGCUGACUAUCGGCGCCCCGGUCGUAACACCUGGCAGGACGAGACCGGAGUGUACGCUAAUACCCACCACAAACGACAAGUCAUCAAAAGCACCAAUCCCAUUCCUCCCCAGAUCUCCUGAGACGGGGGGCGGGGCUGUUUCUGUAUAUACUGUGUACAUAAUCUCUAGAUGUUAGUGGCAAUAAAGUCCAAUUAUUUACAA